GUGUCAUUUGGUUAAACUCUGCUGCUUCCUUUUCCUCUUUUGUCAUUCCUUGAGUUGAGAGCAAACUUAAGUGUUUUCAGAACAAGGAUACGGCACAAGAAAGUAACUGAUAUUACUUUGAACCUCAAAUACGUGCAUUUAUUUGCUCCUGUUGAGCGGGACCCAAGGAAACGUUGAGGUUAUCGAAUGGAAACUACUUUAACUGAAGCAUGGUGGCUUGCAAAGACAUCUAUUGAGUAAUUUCUAUGGUCCUCUGACUUUAUUGGCCGGUGGGUUUGAAGUAAAGAAGACAACACCAACUUUUUCUGUAGCAAUGCUAAAGUGACGCCAGUAUUGUAGCAAGUGUCUAGAAGACCUUUCAGUUCUGUAACCAUCUAGUGCCACAUUCAAAGACUCAACAUAAAUUCCAGCGACACUGACCAUGAAGGUGGAGAGUUUAUUACUAGCAUUGCAAUGCCUGCUGGGAUUUGUACACUACGGCGGAGGAUUGUCAACAUGCAGUUCUUUAGACCUAGAGCUAAUAAAGAGAAAGCGAAUCGAAGCGAUUCGAGGACAGAUUCUCAGCAAACUACGACUGUAUAAAGAACCAGAAGUAGACGAGGAAGAGGAGUUACAAAACGUCCCAGCAGAGCUCAUCUCAGUAUACAACAGCACCGUGGAGCUAAAUGAGGAGCAGGCGGCCCCUCUUGAACAACCCAGAGAAGAUCCUAUGGAGGAGGAAUACUAUGCUAAAGAGGUUCACAAAUUCACCAUAAAACUGAAACAGGGAACCCCGGACAAGAUAUUGUUCAACAUCACAGAUAUAAGCCACACAUUGGGUUUAGACUGCACAAUCUCCCAGGUGGAGCUCCGGAUGCGCAUCAUGAGUUUUUCAGGUGCUACAGAGCAGAGACUGGAGCUGUAUCAGGGCACUGGGAACAAGUCGCGCUACUUGGAAUCACGCUUUAUUUCCGACAAAAUGGCAAGCAAAUGGCUAACGUUUGAUGUGACACAGACCUUGAAGGACUGGCUCCAGAGAAAUGAGGCAGAGCAGGGAUUUCAAUUGAAGAUGGCAGAUAACUGUGACCCUUCGACUACAUUUCCACUCAAAAUAGCAGGUUUGUCAACUACAAGAGGUGAUACAGAAACCUUAGCAGACCAUAUGCCAAAGCCUCACAUUUUGGUCAUGUCACUUCCCCUUGAAGGCCGCAGCUCAUCAAAAUCUCGCAGAAAACGUCAAACUGAAACAGAACAAGUUUGUACCGAUAAGUCUGACAGCUGCUGUGUCAGAAGUCUGUACAUUGACUUCCGCAAAGACCUGGGCUGGAAGUGGAUACAUGAACCUUCUGGUUAUUACGCCAACUAUUGCACUGGCUCUUGCUCUUUCGUCUGGACUUCAGAAAAUAAAUACUCACAGGUUCUUGCGCUGUAUAGGCAUCACAAUCCUGGUGCAUCUGCUCAACCCUGCUGUGUACCUCAGGUUCUAGACCCACUGCCCAUCCUUUACUAUGUGGGCCGGCAACAUAAGGUAGAACAACUGUCAAAUAUGAUUGUGAAGACCUGCAAGUGUUGCUGAAAGCCAUAUCUCUGUUUGGUUCUUGUGAGCAAAAUCAAGAGAGGAACAUUUUGAAGCAGUUUUAACCCAGUAUUUUUGGAGGGGAACUAUUUUAUUCCUGUUAUUUUGGUCCUUUUCAUUUUACUUGACUCCGCUGUACCACACUUCGAUGUACUGAUACUGUUGUACAUUUAUGUUGAUGAUACUCUACAUUUGCUGUACAUGUUGUCAUAAAAGUGGCAAUAUUCAUUGUUUUAUUUAGAGGUGUCAACUAUUAUUUAACAGAAAAUCAAAUUGUGACUUAAAAUUUUCAUCACAGUUCGAUGUAGAUUAUUCUGAAUAAAAGUUUGCAUAUAAAAACUAUUGGACACGUCGUUUACUGUAUUAAGUGGAAUAUAAUAUCUCUCCGUUCUGUGCAGACUGUUUAUAUCUGUACUUGCAUUGCUAACGUAAUUAUGUUGUUGUUACUUAACUAUGCUGUUGACAUUGAAAAACUUUCCUUGAUUUUUAAUACAGUAUGUGCUUGCAAAUUAUUUUAUAUUAUUUUCUCAAAUUAAUCCCUCAGCUCCAAAAGUAAGCACAGUUGCUGUGUAAUUUAAUUUUAUUGCUUUCAGGUGUAAUUUGUAUGUGCUGUUGGUGUAAUUUUAUUGCUGUAUACUGUAUUUGUGAUCACCACUGAUUGUUUGUUGCAUGUACCAGUGCAUAUUGUUUUUCUGUUUUUCCCAGAAUCCACAUUUGUUACAGGUGUUCAGGAAAGACUAUUUCCUGCAAGCUAUUUUGUUGUGGCUUCAGAGCUGGCAAGGCUUUUAUUUUUUUUAUUUCUUUAUUAAGGAAGUGAAUUAAAAGUUUGUACACUGUGUGGUAGA